CAUUUUACCAAAUCCUUAUUUUGUUUUGCAGCCAAGAGUCCCAGAGAUGUUCUGAAUCUGAAGGCUCGGCUAGCCAGGGAUGUGAGCUACUCCCAGUUCUACUCUGCAUUCCCCGUGUCCCAGUCUCUGCUGGAGCCCGUGUUUCUGCAGGUUGAGCUCCAGCAGCCUCAUGGCCAGACUGACCACCUUAUCCUGCAGGACUGCUGGGCCACACUGGCCCCUGAACUGGACUCCAGCCCUCAAUGGGACCUGGUCACUGACAGCUGCCUGGUCACUGGAGACUCGUACAGGACCCACUUCCACCCAGUGCCGGCCAGCACUCUCACCAGGAGCUCCCCCCAGCUCCAGAGGCUUGAGGUGCAGGCACAGCAGUCUAGCAAGGACUCUGCCUUCUGGAGACAGGUGUAUUUCCAUUGCAUGGCUGUGGUUUGUGAUCCCAACCUGGAGGAUACCUGCAAUAAGACUUGUGUGCCUGGAGCCCAGAGAUCUGCCCGUAGUGUGGAUCGAUACAGCCAGAUCAGAGGCUACGUUUCUGCCGGGCCGGUCCAAUUGGUAGCAGAAGGACAAGUCCUGGACCUUCAAACAGCAGGUGACUCCCCCUUGGUUCUGGCGCUGGGCGUGGCGUCCGCUCUCCUCGGAGUUCUGCUCGUCAUUCUUGUUGCUGUCGGAUUCAGGAGAUGUUAAACUUGCUGUCUACCCCAAUAAAGAUUUUUGCAUCUCGA